AUGGUGCAGCCUCAGAAAGACUCAACCCGAGAGAGAAGACUCGAGAUAUCAGGGACCGACCGACCGACCAACCAACCAGACCGUUCCAGAACCAACCCGAUCGACAGAGUCAAACCUCCCCACACACAGUCGGCUGUCCAGCAUGCGUGCUCUGGUGGUGUUGCCUCUGCUCCUGUGUGCGGUGGUGCAGGUGGAGCAGGCGGAGGCGGAGGUGAAGGCGGUGAAGCUGUGCGGCCGAGAGUUCCUGAGGGCCGUCGUCUACACCUGCGGAGGCUCCCGCUGGAGGAGGCUCCUCACCGAGACAGACAUGGAGGGAGACGGUUUGCCUGCGGGGGAGCAGAGCAGUCUGGAGAGCCUGAGCAGCAGCAGCCUGGGCUCCCAGCUGAGCAGACGGGACAUCAACAACGUACUGACCACCGUGUGCUGCCAGGUGGGCUGCAGGAAGAGCGACCUCACCUUCCUCUGCUGAGGCCGACCCCCUCUCUUCAUCUGCUUCUUCUUCCUCUCCGAAAUGACUAUGCUCUCUCCUCUUCUGCCUUCACUGAAACCAAAUCGGAAUCGAAACACUGAUGUUUUAAGAAACAGUAUGAUCUCAGUAUUGUUUGUAUAAUAAUGCUCGUAGCCCACUACUGCUAUUUUUCUAAUUUCUUUUUAAUACUGCUGUUACUUUUGACUUGUGGGGUUUUGUAGAUGUGAACGUGAACCACCUGAGCAUCUGCGAACACGUGCAGUGGGAAGACGUGUGCGACCAUGAAAACGUACUUCAUUAGAUUACAACUGAACCUAUGAUGCGCUCAGGGCUGUUACUCCAAGGGGUGCUGGUGUCCUGUAUGCACACGUGUAUCCACAGAGUUACCCCUUUGUAAAACGUCCAGCUCCGCUCUGAUGUGCUGACAGGCAGCUGUGUUCUUUUCAUGUCGCUAUUUUUGUCAAAUAAAUGUUCUUUCACGGGGCUUA